UUUACAUAAAGCUGCCCUGCUCCGAAUCAUCUCCGGCCUGGCGGGGCUGGGAGGGGCUUCCUUCCAAGCCUCCUCAGCCUCCCCAGCCCGGCUGCCCAGAGCAGCCAGACUGCCCAAGAGGAGUGGGAGCCUGCAGGGAAGGCACCAAGAGACUGCAGCCUCCAGGCUGUGUGGGCAGGUGAGCCGAGGUGGGGCUGGGCAUGAAGGGAAGGAAGAGAAAGUGGAAGCGAGGCUGCCGAGCCUCGGCUGCCAGAAGCUCUGGAACCACGGAAGAGAACGCCGGACCCUCCCAAGGAGCACCCCAGGGGCAGGCCCAGGGAAGGCAGCCACCAUGCCAGUCCUCAAGAACCCCCAUCAGCUGAAGGCGGCCGGCAGAGGCCCUGAGGACAGUGGUGGGGAUGGCAGCCUCAGCGGGACACUGAUCCUGGCCAAGGAGAAUCCAGGGACCAACCCUUUUGAGGAGGACCUGGAGGAGAAUGAGAAGGACUCCUUCCUUGGGAGCAUCUCCCCCGGACGAGAGAGGACCCUCCCAGGGGACAGGGGGGACUUUGAGCGGGGCCUCUUCAGUGGCAGCCCUGAGGACCGCUUCAGACGCCGGGCCACCCUGGAGAAGCUGGUGGGGUUGAGCCCCUUCCGCCUGGGCAGGAGCCGCAAGAGUGGGGAGAGGCGGUCGCCCGGGGGUGAGCAGGGCUCCGACCGGCGUUCCUUCCUGGAACGCAUGAUGGUACCCCUGAUGGAGAGUAACCUGGGCCAGCGGGCACCCGAGAAGAAGAAGCCGCGUCGCUGCUCAGAGGACUUCAGCCUGCUGCAGCGGUUCAACGGGCGCCGCAAGGAAGGCUUCUACAGCUCAGACUGCAGCCCGGAGGAGAACGGCGGUGGGGACGCUGCCAAGCGCAGCUCUUUCCUGAAGAUCGGGCUGGGCGGGAAGGUGCGCCGGGCAUCCCUGGUGGAGAAGCUCAACCAGACAGAGGGCUUGGAGGCUGCUCCGGCAGCCGAGAAGUGUGACCCCAAGCCCAAGGAGCCACUCUCGGUCCUGGAGAUCUUCCACCUGAUCCACCAGCGGGAUCUCUGCCUGGCCGACCGGCACAUCGUGGAGCUGGAGGCCGAGUGCGCCCAGGAGGGCAGCGGGAAGGAUGGCAGCCGCAAGACCAAGGACGUGGCCCUGCUCUACGAGGCGCUGCAGAAGGAGCUCUGGGCGGUGCUGGCCGAGGCGCUGGCUGCCAAGAGCUCCUACCCGCCCCUGGAGCAGCUUGUGCAGGUCAUCGAGCAGGAGGAAGACGCUGACCGCAAGUGGCGCCAGGCCCAGGGAGACUCCGUGGGGGCCCCUGGGGCACGGCCCCGGAAAAUGAGGUGGCAGUGGGCCGAGGCGGUGGACCGGCUGGUGGGCCAGAAGCUGUGCCAGUGCAUGGAGGGCCGGGGGGGCACCAUCGCCACCCAGAUGGACCGACUGGCCAAGUGCACAGUGGAGGACCUGAGCAGCGUCAGGGGCCAUCUCCUGCAGGCCUACCCCAAGGAGUACCAGGCCUUCGGUGUCUACUUGGGCAGCUACCACCGGGGCCUGGCCCGCUGCCUGGCCGAAGGGGUCCAGAAGCAGCUGAGCCUCUCCGAGCUCUACUUCGUCUUGGACUGGAACAGCAACAUCUACCAAAGGGAGGUCCUCAGCCGGCCAGAGAUCUCCCCCCUGGUCAAGCCCCAGGAGCUCGGACCCCUCCUGUGCCCGGAGACACAGCAGAGUCUGGAGGAGCAGUGCAUUGCUGCUGUGAAGAUGACGAUCGCCAGGGACAUGAGCCAAGAGCUGCAGAAGGAGGAAGAGUGGUGGGCGCAGGAAGACAAGGAGAACAGCUUUCAGUUCGGCUUGUCCAGCAAAGUCAUCUCGGUGCUGAAGGGGCAUGCUGACAAAGCCCCACAAAUCACAGAGGAUUUUGGAAGGAGGGUGGCCCACUGCUGCCUCGCCAGCCUGGCGGAGUUCUUGCAGAGUUUCCAGAAGAAAGUCGAAAAGUUUCACGAAGGCCAGGUGGUCAGCAGCCUCAGUCCUGAGAGCUAUGUGGGCCGGACCAUCAUGCUGGUCAACUGCUGCCCGCCCUUCAGGGACUACCUGGAGCACCUGGCCAGGUUUGGCAACCCAGACAGCGAGGCUGCAAAGCAGCUGGCAGGCUUGUCCCUCGACCGAGUGACCCGGCUGUGCAACCGAGUGUUGGCUGACCAGCUCUUCCAAAGCCUCAAGCCCUACUUCUACAAGCUGAUGAAGCGGAAAUGGCUCAGCAACCCCGAGGCCUUCUCCACCAUCAUGGCUCUCCUGGCGGAGCACACUCAGAAGCUGAGGAGGAUGAAGCUGGGGCCCUACCAGAUGCUGGUGAAGGAGGUCCACCGACGGGUGCUAAUCGAGUACGUCAGGCCACUGAUGCGAGUGCGGAUCAUCUGCACUUCGUCCAAGAUGAGAGCCAAGGUGGCCCACCGACUCCGGAGCGAGGCCAAGCAGCUGCAGGAGUUCUUCAUUCAGCUGGAAUCCUCCUCCUCCUGGCUGGACUCCGUGGUGCCCCACCUGGCUGGGAUCCUGGAGCUGGAAGACACACCGGCCAUCCAGAUGGAAGUGGCUUUCCUGGCCAGGGCCUUUCCUGACGUGCAAAAGAAGCACCUGUCAGCCCUGCUGGAUGUGCGGGGCCUGCAGAGCCAAGGCCAGCGGCAGCUCAUCCUGGCGGCCUUGGAGAGCCUGGAGCUGAUGGGGGCUGAGACGGGCAUCUGCCAAGACCGGGCCUUCUUCUCCGAGAUCACCACCGGCGAAGUCUUCUGUGUCCGCGUCCAGCUGCACCGCCUCUCGCACUUCGGGCUUGCCUGCAUCUCCCGGAUGCGCCGGAGGCCUCCCCGCCUGCAGCAAGAGAGGAGGGGGCUGAGAGAGAAGGAGGCUGAAGCUCAGCUGUGAGGACCCCAACCGGACAUUCUUGGCCUUUUGGCCAGAGGGCUACCCUGCCCUUUCCCAAGAAGUCCUGCUUACGGUGCUCACCCACUGAGGAGGAGUGCGGCUGCCUGCUGGACACGACCGCUCGGCUCUUGAGCUGCAGGCCUCCUGCAAGUGGCCGAGAGCCAGACGGGCAACAGCCACUCUUUGACCGCCUGGAGUGGCCAUGGUGAAAGACCACUGCCUCACAUAGGCUGGAUUUGGGGGUGAUUGCUGGGGAUGGGGGGG